GCUGAGAGUAUCACACCCGUGAGUUCAAAACAAGCCUCAAAGUCUAUGGCACUGAAAAUAAUGAAGUAAAACUGAAUCAACAGUCAAAAUCAAGGGUUAUUGAAAGGAUUCCUGAAAGGACAACGAUCAGAGAUAGAGUCUAUCAAAGAUACUCUAAUCACCAUGGCAACCAACCAGCAAAAAGUUCUCAGGAGAUGCCAAUGCGGGUGGUCCAAUGUAACAACCUACCAAGGCCUCCGGAUACACCAAGGCAAGGCAAAGUGUGGAGGAUACGGCGAGGCGCUGACCUUUACAUCAUCCACAUUGCUGACCACACCAUCUCAGAACUGGACAGCACACAACUCUCUCACAGCACCCAGCAUCGUACACAAGCAGCGUGAGGAACCUGCUAGCCUGCGGCACCUGCAGCAGACCUACGGCAUCACGGGGAUUACCCUUCAGGAUGAGCCACCGCGGGGAACCCUCGGCAGUGACUGGACCAGGAGGGACGGGGGCCAGAGCCCAAGGGGUAAAGAGGCGUCAGCGACAACUGCCCAGCCACUGAGGAGUGUUCUGGAAGUGAGGAGGGAAAUUUACACUGAGGAGAGGGCCCAGAGUUAUGAUUCCACAGCAGCCCUGAAGGUGCUGACAAACAGUGAUGAGCUGGAAACACUUAAAAAAGAAAAUGGAUAUUUCAAAACCAGAUUUGAGGAUUACAAGGCAGCUAAUGAGAAGCUAACAGCAGCAAUGAAUACUUUGGAAAAACAGAAUGGAGAUUUGAAAAUCAGAUGCAAUGAACUGAAGGCAUCAAGGGAAAGUCUGACCACCGAAAACGAGACCUUGAAAAAGGAGAAUGAAAACCUUAAAUUCAGAGUUCAGGCAUAUCUGGCAAAAACUGCCCAGGUAAAAGAGCGAGACAGGAAAUUAAAGCAAGCACAGCAUCCAUGUAGGACCUGUGGCCAUUAUAUAACACGCAUGUACAAUGAAUUCCUGGCCAAUAAACCAGAGCAAGCUUAUACAACACCUUGCCAGCAGUGUGAUAAUGGAUUUGUGCAACUUUACCAUGAUUACCUGAAGGGAAAGCAACUGGAAAAUGACUACGAGCCACCCUGUGAGGAAUGUAAAGAAGAAUAUACAAAUCUGUGCUCCGAAAACUUUUAUAUAAGAUCUUCGGAAACAGAUGUUCAUCAAUCAUGUCAGGACUGUGGACACAAUUUCAAACAACUAGCAAAGAUCCUACAGAUUCCCACGGAAAAACAAUGUGAAAGAACUAGAGCCAAGACACCAUUGGAGGACACUACUCAUGACUCAUGCAGUGAAACAGAAUUGAGGGAAGAACUCAACCAACUCAAGCAAAAGGACUUUCCCAAAGCCCUGAAAUCCAUAACCUCACAGAAGAACAGCCAGGAGGGAAAGACCCUGAAGGUGAAAAUGCAGUGGACAUUUGAUAUAGCAAAACGGGACACAACGAAAAAACAAGAGGAGCUACAACACAUUUUCCCAGCAGAUGGCAAGAAGAAGACACCAGGUCAUCUGCAGCUUGCUUUCAACAAUCUCCAAACAGCUCUGUACAACUGCAGUGAAUCUUACCAUCGCAGUAUGAUUGAGGAGUUUAUAAAAGAUGAGCAGAAAGACGUCUCUGCUCUGCUGGUCAAGUGGUGCAGGCUGAGCUGUUUGAUGGUUCUGCACAACCCACCACUGCUGCCAAAGUGGGAUACAGAUGGGCUCCCUUAUAUCAAUUAAUCAAUACAUACAGAUAUUGUGAACAUCUGGAGAUUUGUUUGCAGAACCUGCACAGAAAAGCACAGUGAACAUUUAGAAGACACCAGCAGAUUUUACUCAGAUAAUCAAAAUAAUUUAAAGCAAUAUUAUACUGCAAAAGAUAUUGAAUACCAUAAAUUGAACUGCUUUGUGUGCUCUCUAUUUUUCUAAUAUCAGAUGUUGUUUACCGUAAAAACGACCCUAGUCCCAAUUGGGCUCAGACUCCUUUCACUGGCCAGGGGCCUCAUAUAUAAAAUGUUCUUACAGUAAGCACGCUGAAAACCAUCCCAACGCUCAGAUUUAUAAAACCCGUCUUUGACAUUGAAAAGUGCUUAUCUCCAUGUUAGGUUCCACCCUGAUGUACGCUAAAGACUAGACGCAGUUUAAUGUUCAUGGUUUGCUAAUGAGCCUAAGAAAGUAAACAAAAUGUGGGCCUAUAGUUUAUGUAUUCCAUAAUAUAAAACAGUUGACGUAGUAUAGUUUGUGUUCAUCAGUCUAAUAUUGACCGUAAAAUGUCCUAUUGUGCUCGUUUAGGGUAGGCUAUCUUAGAGUAAAACUAAAUUUCCACUCAUGAUAUACCCAGCUCCACAACAGAAAUGUGAUAUUUAAUGUCUAUAUAUGGCCAUCUUUUUAUAUAAUCUAUACACCACCAAGAGAUAGAAGUUAUCCUCUGAAUGCAGGACCUCAUAUCUUCAUAUUUAGAGUUGCGGCCGAGUUGCACAAGGAGUUACAGAAUGCACUUGCUUACUUCAUGACUGGUGGCAGUGCCCAAGAUCAGAUCACAAUAUGCGAUUUUGGAUAAUGUAGGCUAAAAUACAAAAUUAGAUAAAAGUAGACCUAAAGCAAACGAUACAGAACAAUGUUAAGGCCACUGGACAUUGAAAUAAACAAUUGCAAAGAUAUAAUAGCUUGAAUCACAACGUGCAGAAUGAAUGAGGAAGGACCAGCAAACUACUUCUACUCAGCCUACUAGUACAGCAAAAACAAAGCCUAUCCUAAAAUAAAUGUUAUUCCUACAUGACGUAUCACGCUUAUAAUUUAGUCCACUGUUUUGUAAGCUACAUCAGCACUACAAGACCAAUGGUCAUAUUGGAAACAUACUGUACUGUACCAUAACUUGGGCCUAAAAGAUUGUGCUAUAAUUACAGUCUAAUUAGAGUAGUAAUCAGAUGUAUGGCAAUAAGAGACCAGUAGAAAUAUAAUGCAUGAUGAGCUAGAGAUCUGUCCCUCAUAAGGGCGGCCUACUAUGUUCUACUACCAAAGUAGACUUACUAAAUAUCGAUUCUCCACAUUACUGCAAGCAGAAGGAAUGAAAGCAAGCAGAGGACAUUGGACAUGGAUGCAUAAGAUUUCCAGAAAACACUGCUUGGAAAACAUAGUUAAGCUACUGUAUUUCAGCUGACAGUGUAUGAACAUAGGCUAGUUAACCUCAGAUGGCAUAGGGUAGACCUAUACAAUGUAGCAAAAAUGACUGGGAACACAAAACUUGUGAACAUGAAAUGAACACAACAGAGGGCUUUUUUACGCCAAGGGUGCUGAGCGCUGUGAACGCAAAGGAUUUGUAUAUAGAAUAUAGCUGCUGUCAGUGCAAAAAACGUGAUUGGUGGACACCAAUUGGUGGUGCAUUAACUUUCACC